AUGGCACCUUCAGCUUCAAAACAAAAACGGCUUGCAGAGAAGGCAGCAAAGAGGAGUGCUGGUGUGGCCAAUGGAUCGAGCACUGCUGAUGGGUCGUCCACACCGUCUGGAUCGAGGAAUGGGAGCUCGGUGAACACGCCGAUGACUAGCCUGAGCGCUGCUACUAGUACGGACGAUUUGUCGGCAAUGGCGAAGUUGUCACUUGCAACGGAUCGGAGUGCGACUGGUGUAUUGGUCUCUGACCCAAAGGGCCGUGAUAUCAAGAUUGAUUCAUAUACUCUGUCGUUCCAUGGCAGACUCCUCAUUGAAAACGCUGAGAUUGCUCUCAAUUAUGGUCAAAGAUACGGUCUGCUGGGCGAGAAUGGUUCGGGAAAGUCGACCUUCCUGCAAUCCAUGGCCGAACGCGACAUCGAAAUUCCACAACACAUCGAUAUAUACCUGGUGCGCGGAGAGGCGGAACCAUCGGAGGUAAAUGCAGUCGAGUUCAUCGUAGCUUCGGCGAAGGAGAAAGUAGCCAAGCUAGAGGCGUACAUAGAGGAGCUCUCCGUAUCCGAUGAACCGAACGAUAUGGCUCUUGACCAAGCUUACGAGGAACUAGAAGAGCUUGAUCCCGCCACUUUCGAGACGAAAGCAGGGUCGAUCCUUCACGGUCUCGGUUUCACGCAAACGAUGAUGAAGAAGCCCACGAAGGAUAUGAGUGGUGGUUGGCGUAUGCGUGUCGCCCUUGCUCGGGCGCUCUUCAUCAAACCCCAUCUUCUGCUCCUCGACGAACCCACCAAUCACUUAGACCUCGGCGCCGUCGUCUGGUUAGAAGCAUACCUGAGUACUUACAACCACAUCCUCGUCAUAACGUCGCACUCGCAAGAUUUCAUGGACUCGGUGUGUACGAACAUCAUGGAUCUGACGAUGUCGAAGAAGCUGGUCUAUUACACGGGUAAUUACACCACGUACGUGAGGACAAAGAAGGAGAACGAGGUGAACCAGAUGAAGGCGUACCAUAAACAGCAAGAGGAAAUAGCUCAUAUUAAAAAGUUCAUUGCGUCGGCUGGUACCUACGCCAAUCUCGUGAGGCAGGCGAAAUCCAAGCAAAAGAUUAUCGACAAGAUGGAAGCUGCAGGGCUGAUCGAGAAGGUCGAGACACCCAAGCCUCUCCGCUUCAACUUCGAGGAUAUCCGCAAGCUACCACCACCGAUCAUCGCGUUCGACCGAGUCGCGUUCUCGUACUCCGGCAAAAAGGAAGAUUUCCUCUAUCAGAAUCUUUCCUUUGGUAUCGACAUGGACUCACGUGUGGCCAUCCUUGGUGCCAAUGGAGCUGGGAAGUCCACUCUGCUCCACUUGAUCACUGGCGCCCUACAACCUGUGGAAGGGAGCGUUUCCAAGCAUUCACAAUUGAAACUAGCCAAGUAUUCUCAGCACUCUGCUGACCAACUCCCAUACGAGAAAUCACCCAUUGAAUACUUCCAAUCGUUGUUCAGUGAGAAGUAUCCCGAAAAAGACAUAAUGGCCUGGCGAUCUCAGUUGGGUCGAUUCGGUCUCUCCGGUCACCAUCAGACUUCACCCAUCAAGCAACUUUCAGAUGGUCUGCGCAACAGAGUCGUCUUUGCACAACUUGCCAUGGAACACCCACAUAUCUUGCUGCUUGAUGAACCCACUAAUCAUUUAGACAUGGAGUCCAUCGAUGCUUUGGCUCGUGCUAUCAAGGAAUUUGAGGGGGGUGUUGUGAUUGUUUCGCACGAUUUCCGUCUGAUCUCCCAGGUCGCGGAGGAGCUGUGGGAGGUGGCGGAUAAAACCAUUCGUAAUCUCACGAAAGAGGAUAUCAGUAUCGUCGAUUACAAGAAGAAUCUUAUCAAAGCUAGUAAUGCCGCCAUCGAAAAGGCGAAACUAUUCAGCAAGACUGCGCCGAAGGGCAGGACAUAA